AUGGCUACCAACGGCACCAAUGGUGUUCAACUGCCUGCAACGCAGAAGGCUGCUCAGUUCAAUCCCAAGGACCAAACGGUCUCGAUCAAUGAGAUUCCGAUCCCCUCCAUCAAACCCCACGAGAUCCUCGUCAAAGUCAAGUCCGCCUCCCUUUGCCACAGCGACCUGAUGCUCUUCGAGUCCAACGAGCAAGGUCUCACGCUCGGCGAGGGCGAGCCUUUCACGAUGGGCCACGAAGCCUGCGGCACCAUCCUCCAACUCGGCUCCCAAGUCCCCACCUUCCAAUCCGGCGACUCGAUCGGCUUCCUCCCCAUCAUCGACUGCUGCUACGACUGCCCCGGCUGCCAAAUCCAUAACCUGAACUGCGAGACCGGCUCCCCCAAAGUCCAGGGGAUGACCGUCGACGGCUACUUUCAGGAGUACGUGGCCAUCCACUGGAGGAACGCUGCCAAAAUCCCCUCGGGGAUGGAUCUAACGACCCUCGCACCGAUGUUCUGCGCGGGGUGCACGGCGUUCAAUUCCGUGACGGAUACGGUUGCGGAGUUGGAGGGUGUGGAGCCGGCGGAGACGUGGGUUGCGGUUGUGGGCUGUGGUGGGUUGGGACAUCUUGGGGUUCAGUACCUUAAGGCUUAUGAGUGUAAAGUCGUUGGGAUCGAUCUCUCGCCUGAUGCCCUGGAGGAAGCGAAGGCCCAAGGUGCUGAUUUCGUCUUCAAUCCGCAAGUCGAUGGGGAUUAUGUUGCGAAGAUCAAAGCUAUCACGGGUGGGAGAGGCUGCCAUGCCGCGAUCAACUAUACCAAUUCCGUGCCGGCGUACUCCUCAAUACCAGCAUUGCUGCGCACGAAUGGAGUGUUGAUGGUCACGGGAAUUCCGCAGAGGCCAUUACAGUUCAACGCGAUGGAGAUCUCGAUGAACAGGAUCCGAGUCAGAGGGUCGAAUAAUGGAAUUACGCCUAGAUUGGUGAAGUGUCUAGAGUUCAGUCACAAGCACGGUAUCAAGCCGCACUUGACGCGGUUCAAGCUGGAGCAGUUCCAGGAGAUGCUGGAUUUGAUGCAUUCGGGGAAGCAUAAAGGACGGUUGGGGGUUGUGUUUGAUUGA